GAACCAGUUGAUCAUUUUUCCGAACCUUCAGUCUUGGUCAUCUUUUUAGCAAAUUGGUCCCACUCUCGAAUAACGGAAUUCGUUAGGUUGGAAUUAAUAUGGUUGCGGAAAGUUUGGAAAGCCACUCCUCCUGGGAUGAAGAUUCUCCGACGGAUUCGGAAACGAAGGAGCAGGAACUUCUGCCGGCGACCGACGGCUUCACCGUAAUUUUCCUGAUCAAAGAACUCUCGUUGGCGUGCGUCCACGACGAGGAACCUAGGCCGGUUGAGAUCAGGGUAUCGGUGGCGGGCCAGUCCGAGAUGGUGACCACCGGAACGAUUGCCGAGUUCAACAACCAACGGAAAGGGCAUUCCAUACCAGUUGGCUGUCAGACACCGGAAGGGUUCAAGCGAUUCCUGACCCAAAAUACACUGGAAUUUAACUUCUUCCUGGACGAGAAAAAUCUGGGCCACGCAAUUGUUGAGCUUGGUGCACUGAAUCUGGAUGCCUUUGAGCCGCCGGGCUUCGAGGCAAUCAUUGUGUCCAAGACGUUCGACAUCUACGAAGGGCCAUCGCCGGUAGGAUGCAUCAAACUAAACGUGAAAACCGAUCGCUUGCGUUCAUCUCUCGAUUUAAACGCUUCCAAAUUUGAAAGUGAUAGUAUUCUGUACAUUGUGAACGACGAGAAAACUCGAAAGGAAAGCGAUUACGCGGACGAUACGAUGCGUCAGCUGCUGACGUGCAAAAAGUGCAACGUGCUCAAGAGUCCCAGCGAAAUAAGCGUCCAGUAUGAGCUGAUUGAUGGGAUUUUGGUCAACAGAGACAUGGGCAAGAAGGACAUGGAUCUGGAGACCAUGAAGCAGAAGAUAGAUCAGAUCGAACGGGAAGCACGGCUGUUUCCGGACUGUCAAGACAAGCCAAUAGAAAAGGACCCCGGUGAGUCCCGGUUUUGUGACUGCUGUGGAGGAUUUAGCAUUACGGGGGCUACUUGUAAAGGAAUGUCGGCAAAGGUGUGCAACGUGGGAUAUCCGGAAGGCAGCGCUAAGAGGUUUAGUGCUCCGCCAGGACAGAUUUUUCCGAUGCCCGGAUUCAAUCCUAUUUCGGAGCCUGCUUUCGAUCACAGGAAAAGUUUAACACAGAGAUACUCCGAAGUACGGACUGGAAGCGAAACUUACCAAGGCCUGCAGAAAGACAGAAACAGUUACCUAUGCCCGAAAUCAAUUGGUUACAGAUUCUGCGAUCGCUGCGGUCUGAACAUGGACUGGCUUCCGGCUCACAGUCGCUGUCCGAAGUGUGAUUAUCGCCCAGAACCCGGGGUUACAGCCCAUGAAAUGUCUCCCAGCCGCGUCGAUUCGUGGAUGGGUAGCCUGAAGCUCCACGCCCCCGUCGCAAAACGAGCUUCUUGUGAUGCCGUACGUUCUACUUCGAUGGAGAUGAAAUCGUGCCCGAUCUGUAAACUUCGGGGCGGUACAUGCCCCGAUUGCAAUAUUCGGCGUGGCCAGGUGCCGCACGUCUCGACGCUUUCGUCUACCUCGGACUCGGAGAUGUGCCAUCGGAAAGACAGCGACAGGGCUCAAACGCGCCAAUCGCUUAGGGAUCGUUGUGUGCUCCCCAAGAAGUUGGACAAGAAAGAGCGAAUUUCACAGCUGAAUCGAAUCUACGGAGAGGAUCAAGCUGCUGCGAAAGCGGGUCGUAAAAGUUCGGAGCUUUCGUUGAACGUUGAUGAGAUUAUGAAAAAGUCGAGUGCAAUUCCUGAAGUGAAGAAAAAUAUCAGAAAAGGUCUUGCGAAAAAGUCACAGGAAGAUCGUUGUCCUAUUCCAACGGCAGCGGAGAUACGCAAAAAUCAGAAAAAGCUCCUCAUGCGUGUUAAGAAGCAAAACAGAGGAGUUUACUCUUAUAAGUAUGGUGGCAAGUAUCCUGGAAUUGUGCUAGGCCAUAAAACUUGUGUUCUUCAAGGGUCCUGUGUGCCUCCGCAUAUGGGCUGGAUGUGGAAUACCGAGACACUUGGAAUUGGCAAGAAGCGGAGAGGCUGGCGACCUGGUGCUGUCAAGAAGCCUAUCAAGGAACUGAUGCAGCACUUCCUCGUAAGCUACCCGUUGGAUAAUAUUCCUGUGAGCAAAAAAGGUGGUCGCUGUCUUAAAAUGUUAUCUAAAGAAUGCGAUCCCUCGAAGCAAAAACCGACUCUGCAAAUAGUGAAACGAAAUGGAGAGUACACCAUUGUGAUGAAUCCACUAAAAGACAGCAAAUCGCUCAAGACGGCUCAAGAUCCUUACCUUUCUUGCGAACCCAUUCGAUUCAAGCUAGCCAAGGACCCACACACCGGAAAACUGUAUCAGCUGCGUAAAGCACUUCAAGUGAAAGGAUUCAAUAUGUGUGGUUGCACUGACCUGUCGAUAUGCGAUCAUCGAUCUGAAAAAGAAAAGAAACUGCUCGAAAAGGCCGUCCGAAAACUGUCCAAGUGCCUUGGACUGCCCAAAGCUACCGGAUUGAAGGAUCUUCCAUCCGAUAGUGAGUCGGAAAUGGAUUUGGAGUUCACGCCACCUUCAGCCAUGCUCAAUUGUGGUGUUCGGAAGCCAGACGUCGUUUGCACCGAAACGCAGUACUGCGAGGAAGAUUACAAGGUCAAUUUUCCGUGCGACAAGAUAAAGUGCAAACCUGGCCGAGAAGACCCAAAGGACGUAACUAGAGCAAUAAACAAGUUAUGUAAAGACGGAAAAGGUGGAAAAGAUGGAAAAUGCGGAAAAGGUGGAAAGAUAGGCAAAGAUGGAAAAUGCGUAAAAGGUGGAAAAGCUGGAGGAAAAACCGCUGGCGGUAAAGAUGGGGGCUUGAACAAAUCCAAGGUUCAUCGUCCGGAAGGUUCUGGGCCAGUUGUGAUCUUGAAGGAGAGGUGCAAACCAACCACAUGCCACUACGAUCCUUGUAUGCCGGCUCAGAAUGUUUGUAUGUACGGAGCGCAACCUGCCUGUGCCAUGCCAAAUUCAAUGUGCUAUACGAACGCAUGUGCUCCAACGUAUGCGUCAGCUUGUGCUCCAACGUAUGGAAUGUGCUAUGGACCGUACUGAAUUCUUUGCUUUCAAUGGAGGAUGCACUGAAA